UAGAAAGGUUUUGACUAAUUUAUAGUGUAGGGUUUUGACUAAAAAAAAUCAGUUUCUUUUUCAUAAAAUUCGAUGCACAGGCUGCCAUAGACAUAUCUCCGCUCAUCGCUCGGAACGAAGCCUCGCCGAUCGUGCUGCCAGUAUCGUCGACUGCCGCCAGUUGCUGCCGGUCUCCGUUAUUGCGGUGGGUUGCCUAUCUGUGGACUGUCAGUUACUCGAAGCCCUAACAGUUACUUCACGUAACUAAAAGACGGAGUGCAGUGUAAAAAUUUAGGAUUUCAAUUUCUGCAAUGGAGGAACUCAGCAACAAAGAAGCUUCUCAACUAACUGCAUUGCUAAAGGAAAUGAAAGAAGGACUGGACACGGUCACUAAUAAAGUUCAGGCUUUAACUGCCAAGGUAAAAUCAAACCAGCUUCCGACAUCAGAUGGGAUAAGCUAUCUCGAUGCCAAAUAUUUUUUACUUCUAAAUUAUUGUUCUUCACUUGUAUACUAUUUGCUCCGGAAAGCCAAGGGUUUCUCAAUUGAGGGUCAUCCUGUCGUCAGGAGUCUUGUAGAGAUAAGGUUAUUUCUAGAGAAGAUUCGACCUAUUGAUAAGAAGCUUGAGUACCAGAUUCAGAAGCUAGCAAAAGUUUCUAUUGUGUCAAAAGAGAAUGCAUUCAUGGACGAAAAGGAUUCUGCUACACCUCAGGAUGUGGAUGAUCGAUUAAAAUAUCGUCCAAACCCUGACAUGCUUGUCAGUAAAACAGAAGGGACUGCUGAGGAUGGAGAUGGUAUGUAUCGUCCACCAAAGUUUGCCCCUACUUCCAUGGAAGAAGAUAAGAAAUCUCGAAAGGAAAGAAAUUCCAUGAGAAAGGAUUUACAGACACUUCGACAAGCUAGACAAAAUGAUUAUAUGAGGGAGCUGAUGGAUGACAUGGCUGGGAAACCUGAAGAGAUAAAAGAAUCCGUUGGACUGGAAAAUAGAGAAGUUGCUAGAUAUGUGGCAAGAUUGGAGGAACGUGACCGAAGAGAAGAGGAGCUUUUCACUCGUGCACCGCUCACAAAGAUGGAGAAAAAGAGAGAAAAAUACCUAAAGAAGUCUAGAUAUGGGAUGGGUGGUGUAACUGAUAGUUUUUAUGAAGAAGUGAAAUCCUUGCCCUUGGAAGUUGCUGAUGAUGAGCAACCGACAGAUUUUGGUAGUGGCAGCGGCAGAAUGAGAAAACACAAGAAACGCAAGGGUAGGCAUUGAAGAUCAGGUCAUAUCAGGGGAUGAUGGGAAAUACUUUGGGACAAAAUUGUAUGUCAAUGUGAAAAUCCCUUAUAUCUUUGGGUGAAAUUUAUUAUAUUCUUAAGAGGUUCUUUAAUUCCUAAUGAAAGUUUACAAUGACCACAUGUUUUCAUGUGAAAUUUUGUUUUUACUUUUAGUCGUAUAUACACUGACAAGGAGAACUAGAGAAUAAUUCAUAUGUUUUACUAAUAUUUGAAUUUAGUAUUUAAUUAGUUAAUUGUGUUAUUUUCUUCGUAAAUCUAUAAAAUGAUGAACAAUUUAGGGUUGUGUAAUAAAACGAAGCUUUUGAUCAA